AUGGAUCGAGCGUUGUUCAAUAGGUUCUGUGAGGUUCUUGCUGUUAAUGGACGGUUGAGAAGAACUAGAGAUGUAAACAUAGAUGAAAUGGUCUACACGUUUCUGUGCACAAUUUCACACAACGAGAAGAACAGGACAUUGGCAGUGAACUUACUACGAUCUGGGGAGACCAUAUCGAGAUCAUUUCAUCGGGUUUUGAGGGCUGUCAUUAGACUCAAUAGUCUCUUGAUGAAGAAGCCUAUUCCCAUCGCUGACAACAGCAACGACUAUAGGUGGAAACACUUUAAGGUUCUGAUUGCUUCAACAUCUAGAGAGUACAACCACUGGGAGCCGAAUCAUGACAAGCCAUUUGUCGAAUGCUUGCUGGAACUAGUAGACCAAGGACAGAUCGAGGAUGGUCAAUGCAAGAAUGGCGUUUACAAAGAGCUGGAGCGCAUGAUGGAAACGAGGAUACCUGGUUGUGGUAUUAAGGCAAAACCAACCAUUGCAACAAGAAUUAGAAAAUUGAAGCAUUGGUUCCAUGCAACGAUGACAAUGAAGAAGGAGAGUGGAUGGGGGUGGCAUACUGUGGAUAACCACGUCAUCGUGUCUGACGAUGUUUGGAAAGUAUAUGUCAAGGUAUUUACUCUAAUUUGCUGA